UACGGACCAUACACACGCAACAAAUUUCCCACAUGAAUAUCACUUCUGCAUAGAAAAGUACAUUAUACUCUAUAUAUGUUUAUAUACUCGUUAUGUAUGUAUGUGUAUACUUGUAUGUUUCACUCUGUGUACAUACAAUGUGGAAUUCUGCCAUCUUUUCACACUUCCCAUUGUUUGUCCAUAUGGCAAAAUAGUCACACGUUUGCCAUGUGUGAAAGUGUGCAUGUAGGCUGUCUGUAGAUUAUAGGGGUUUUUUAGCUAGUUGGUGAUACUGUAAAGCAGGCUUCCUCAAACUCAGCCCUCCAGAUGUUUUUGGCCUACAACUCCCAUGAUCCCUAGCUAGCAGGACCAGUGGUCAGGGAUGAUGGGAACUGUAGUUUCAAAACAUCUGGAGGGCUGAAUUUGAGGAAUCCUGCAGUAAAGCAACAAUUGCCUAUGGGGUACAUUUUCAUUUUUAUGUCCUUCCAUAGCCUUACUAAAUCCAGUUUCACAUGGUUUUAUAGUACUUCAAGCUGUACCCUGCAGAACAACUUCCAGAAGUGCGUGGCCACUACUGCUGCAACAGAUGUGUGUAAAGUCUGUUGUAAGUAUGGCAGGCUUCACUUGGAGAAUUCUCACUAUGGGCUUAUCCAGACUUGUUUUUGUGCUGUUUUUCUAUGCACAAGUCCACGUUUUAAAGCUCCAUGUCCAAGUGCUCCCCCACCCCCAGUGCUUUCUCUUUGAAAACCCACUCCUUACCACUGAACUGGAGCAAACAGCAACCUGCAAAAAACCUGAUUUGCUGUUUGUUCCAAUUCAGCGGUAAAGACAGGUUUUCCUGGGGAAAGAAAAAGCACUCUGACACUGACCAGGAAAGCACUGAUCUGUGCCUAGAAAGUGCAGGGCAAAAGGUAAGUGGAUGAUCCUAAUGUUCUCUCUCUCAGCAUCCAGAACACAUUCUAGAAUUGUCUCAAAAGUUAUUUUAAAUUAUUUUCAGUACUGUACAUGGAAGUCGCUUACUAACUUCUGGUCUAGUUUCAUAUCUCUUUUAAAUUGUAUAAGAGAGGCUGGAACUGGAAAAAUUGAGUGAACAUGUUCCCCUCUCCCUGGAAAUGCUUUCCCCAUUUCUUUUGCACUGUUAUGACUAUAUAGUAGAGUAGGAUCACUAAUUUAAAAUAAUUGAGUUGCGCUGAGUUGUUUACUUUAGCUAAAAUGUGAGUAAGAGGUGGCAUGAUAGAAGUUUAUAAAAUUAUGCAUGGCAUAGAGAAAGUGGAUAGAGAAAGGCUUUUCUGCCUUUCUCAUAACACUAGAACUCAAUGACAUCUAAUGAAGCUGAAUGUUGGAAGAGUCUGGAUGGAUAAAAGAAAGUAUUCAUUUGGGCAGUGCAUAGUUAAAUUAUGGAUCCUGCUCCCUCAGUAGGUAGUGAUGAUCACCAACGUGGAUGACUUUAAAAUAGAAUUAGAUUAGACAAAUUCAUGGAGGAGAGGACUAUCAAUUGCUACUAGCCAUGAUAACUAUGUUCUGCCAGCACAGAUGGAGAGAACAAUGCUUCUGAAUACCAGUUGCUGGAAACCACAAGAGGGGAGAGUGCUCUUGUGCUCAAAUCCCGCUCGCUGGUUUCCCACAGGCAUCUGGUCGGCCACUGGAAGAACAGGAUGCUGGACGAGAUGGGCCAUUUCCUUAAUUCAGCAGGCUGUUCUUAUGGAUUGUGUGAUUUCAAAUUUAUGCGCUUGGCAGCCGGCUAGUUGAAAUCUCAGCAAUUAAAUGCUCCGAAGACAAAGAGCUUUAAAGUUAUUUUGGCACAGAAAUAGCUUUUAAACUUUCUGCUUUGCUUACUGGACUCUGGGAAAUGCUUGUGCGGGCUCUGGUGGUGUUAGUGAGGUCUUGCAGGGCCGUCCAAGAUCUCACGAAAGCCUCCAGAGCCCACAUGAAAGUUUCCAAGAUCCCAGUAAGCAAGACAGAGAGCUUAAAAGCUCUUGAUUACCAGGCUCUGGGAAACUCUCUUGCGGUCUCUGGAGGCUUUCACAAGAUCUUGGAUGGCCCCAAAAUACCUUGUGCUGGGUCAGGAAGGUAAGGUUGCUGGUGCAGGGACAGUUCCAGGGGGUUGUUUUGACUAUACAUGAUUGUGACUUUGCACACUGCCCCCCUGGAAUGUAACCCCUGCACAAGAGCAAGACACAGUCUUACUGUAUAAUACUCAAGCUAGUGAUUCUGGAUUUGGACUAGUGUCUCAUAGCGCAAUGGAGAAUAUUGCUUCCAUAGUCCAAAGUAAUAUUUGGGAAGGGCCAUAGCAAGUGUUGGGCUUCAGCUUUGCCUACAGAAGGGUUCCGGAUUCAAUCUCUGGUGUCUCAAGGUAGAGUUGGAAGAAACUCCUGCUUGAUAUCCUGGAGAACCACUGCUGGUCAAUAUAGAUAACACUUAGCUGAAUAGACCAGUGAUCUGAUUCAAUAUAAGGCAGUUUCCUAUGUUCCAAUGAUAGACAUACUUGCUCGUAUACUGCCACAGUUUCCUGUAUGGAAAUGUUAUCAGACUGUGGAAAUUGAUAAUGUGUGAUGCUCCUAUUUCAAAACACAGGGAUGUUUUCAAAACACAAAAUGCAAUUGCUAUGUGUGAUGAUUGAAAAAAAGAAAGUCAUUGAAGCCAAUUUUUAUUUUUUAAAAUAGCUGGCUAAUAUAAUUUUAUAAUUCUAGCAAAAAUGUUAACAAGGAAUGCUAUUUGAAAUGAAAGGUGGUAUACAAAUACUUUUAAUGAAUAAGAAAGGAAACAGAAUCACAUUGACAAAUACAUUUAGGAUUCCUGGUAUAAACAAAAUAUUUACUUUAUCAGUCUUGAACAAAGCUAAAUAAAUUUCUUGAAUACCAUAGUCUCAACUGCUGAUAUAUCUAUUCCUGAUCCAACUGAGACCCCACAUACCUUUAUGAACCUGCUGACCAUCAUAUCACUUCUUGGAACAUGCGAUUGGGUGACCUAGCUUUAUUAUCCCUUUUGAAACAGUAAAAUAAUAAACAUGUGAAACUUAGUUUUUCAUGUACCAAAUCAGAGUGCCACUAUGAAAAAAUAUGCAUUUCUUGAGUUUCAGAGCAAACUGUAAUUGCAGACAGUAAAUUCCUUGUAAGUUCUGAAAUAAAAGUUUUAUAUAUACAGUAGUGGCAAUGGUUGUUAAUAUUUUUCUUUUUUUAAUAGCAUUAAUUCUCAGGUUUUGGGAAGAGUACACUUAAUUAGACUUUCCAAAUUGCUUUACCUUCUUGAGGAUUUUCGAAAUGUCAUAUAGAGAGGGGCUUAGUUUCUAGUACUGUGUGUUACUAUUUAAGAGAUUUUUGAAAUAUUGAACAGUGUAUAAAUGCUUUAAAAUAAUUAAAUUUAGCAUAAGGAUAAGCCUUUGAUUGAAAAGUGGUGUCCAGCAAAAAUAAGUGAAAGAAUGUAGCAUUAAAGGAAAUAUUUAAAUAAUUGCUUUCUUAUGCUUGAAUUGAUUAUCCUGAUACUUCUAAAAAAAUAACCACCUGCAGCACAAUCCUAAGCACAUUUAUUACAGAGUAGGUAUCAAAGAACUCACUAAAACUAAUUUCUGAGUAAACAUGUAUAGGAAUGCAUUGUUAGUGCUUUUGAAUGUGGAAGAAAAAUGCUUGAUAACCAGCCACGUAUUUUUUUUCUUGUUCAGUCCCUUUGGAUUGUAGGAAACAGCUAUGGUAAUUUUUCCUUAGUAAGAGAGAAAGGUGAACAAUUAAAGAGUCCCGAGUGUUUUAUUUCAUAGUUCAAAUUAGAAAAAUGUGUGAUUGUGCGAUGGGCACCUCAUAACACAAUUUUUCACACAGGACUAAGCUGCAGCAUGUUUUUGCUUCCAGCUUAGGCUGAUGGCUGUACAUUCGCACCUCAAAUUUCACCUCUGAAGCUCAUAAAAUAAGAACUAUCUGGGAAGGUGAUAUAUUUAGCUACUUCUGCAGUAUGUCUAACUUUAGCACCACUGGUAGUAGUGGUGGGUGCUUCCCUUCCCACAAUACCUCUGCUGUAUCACAAGCCAAGGACAGAUUCUCUGACUGUCAUGUAGCCAGCAGGGACAUAGAUUCUGGUGUAGAUCAUGUCUCUUGAUAAAGAAUUGCAAAGAGACACCCAGAAGUACUCAUACUCGGGGAUUAUUUGACUGUUGGGGCGGGGGGAGGUUCUUUGGCCUUGCGUCUAGGUACAGUGACUGAACAAUCCUUGCUGUAAGUAAGAAGAAGGCAAGGUAUGUUUCGCUUAGAAUUUGUUGGCCAUAAAAAAACCAAACUCCAAAUCGAGGAAAUAGCUCAUUGUGGCUGAAGUGAUCUCCCGGAAGGACUUGAUACCUCUGCUGGGAAGACAAAAGUUUGCUCAGGAACUAAGCCAGGAUGAUGAUCAAAGAAACAUCUCUGCGAAGGGACCCAGAUUUACGAGGAGAGUUAGCUUUCCUUGCAAAAGGCUGUGAUUUUGUUCUUCCAUCCCGCUUCAAGAAGAGGUUGAAGUCAUUCCAGCAGGCCCAGGUCCAAAAUAAGCAGGAGAAGAAACCUGUGACUACGUCCCCAGUGCCUGCAAUUUCAGCAGUCAGCUCACAGGCACUUCUGCCUGCGAAUAAAGUAACUGUUGGUACGCCCUUGUCCAUAAACAUUCCACGUUUCUACUUCCCCAACGGACUUCCUAAUGUCUGCAGUAGUCAUGAGGAGACCAUUGCCAAGGUUGAGGCAACCUUUUCUGAGUUUGAAGAUGAGAGAGUACCACUUAAUGAAAUGGGGAAAAUUGCAAAGAUAUGCUGCUGCCCUCUGUACUGGAAAGCUCCCAUGUUCAAUGCGUCAGGGGGAGAGCGGACAGGAUUUGUAUCUGUACAUUCAUUUGUGGCCAUGUGGAGAAAGAUACUACACAACUGCCAUGAUGAUGCAUCAAAAUUCAUUUGCCUUUUAGCAAAACCCAGCAGCAACUAUUUGGAACAAGAAGAUUUCAUCCCUUUACUGCAGGAUGUAGUCGAAACUCAUCCUGGGCUGACAUUUCUGAAGGAUGCUCCAGAAUUCCAUUCCCGCUACAUUACUACGGUUAUUCAAAGAAUAUUCUAUACAGUCAAUAGAUCCUGGUCUGGGAAAAUAUCCCUAACAGAGUUGAGGAAAAGCAACUUUCUGCAGACCCUAGCACUCUUGGAGGAAGAGGAAGACAUAAAUCAAAUCACUGAUUAUUUUUCCUAUGAGCACUUCUAUGUUAUUUACUGUAAAUUCUGGGAACUGGACACUGACCAUGAUCUCUACAUCAACCAGAAAGAUCUGGCUAGAUACAAUGAUCAAGCUCUGUCAGACAGGAUUAUAGAGAGAAUAUUCAGUGGAGCUGUGCUUAGAGGAAUUCAAGUGCACAAAGAAAACCACAUGAGCUAUGCAGACUUUGUAUGGCUUCUAAUUUCUGAAGAAGACAAAAGAAGUCCCACAAGUAUUGAAUACUGGUUCCGCUGCAUGGACUUGGAUGGGGAUGGCAUGCUCUCCAUGUAUGAACUGGAGUAUUUUUACGAGGAGCAGUGUGAGAGGAUGGAAUCCAUGGGCAUUGAGCCACUGCCAUUCCAUGACUUACUGUGCCAAAUGCUGGAUCUAGUGAAGCCAGAGUGUGAGGGAAGGGUAACUUUGCGAGACUUGAAAAGAUGCAGAAUGGCUCAUGUAUUUUACAACACAUUCUUUAACCUGGAAAAGUACUUGGACAAUGAACAGCGGGAUCCCUUUGCUGUGCAGAAGGAUGUUGAGAAUGAUGGUCCUGAACCCUCUGAUUGGGACAGAUAUGCUGCUGAGGAGUAUGAAAUUCUUGUUGCUGAAGAGUCUGGCAAUGAACAGUUACAAGAAGGAUCUUUUGAUGACGACUAUGAAACAGAUGAACUCUUAUCACUACCUGAAAUUGAAGAAAAGUCAGAUCACUUAGUUAUCUCAGAUCUAUCAACCUAAACAUAUUGAAGAAGUGUCUCCAAGGUCUGUUGAUACUAAAUGGGAGAAUCCUCAGUUAUUACAUUUCAGGAAUUACUUCAUUCUUUUCCUUGAGAAAAUAACCAACAUUUGAAACCAUAACACCAUCUUUUAAAAAAAUAUAUAAUUACUUGCUUCUGCGGUUUGGUAACUUCCAGCAGUAUGGUAAUGUGUGUGGAUAUGGGUGGGCUUCCGCAGGCAUAUUUAGAAACUGCAGAGAAGCUAGAAAGGCUACACUGUACAACAAAGCAUGGAAAGGGUUGAAAAGAAUCCAUGGUUGUAGAAAACCAAAGAAUUUAAAGCAAGUUGAAGAAAUUAUUUCCUGCCUCAUGGAUUCUUUUCUCUUCUUUUUAUACUUAGAAACUGAACCUUCCGCUUCCUUCUCACCUUGCUACAUAAUUGUGACAAAAACUACAUGUUUUUCUAGAAAUAUUUUCAGAUUACUCCACUGAAUAAGCAUCACAGGAAGACUGUCAAUGAAUAGGCGGGGGGGGGUGUCCCAAGAGUUUAUUCAAAUCCAAUAUAAAGCUACUGGGUUUGUUUGUUUUUUAAAGUUUAUUCUAGAAAAAUACAGGCUAUUUGAUCUUAAUUGCCUUUCUUCACAGGAUGAGCUUUCCUUUUCUUACGGCUUUUCCAACAAAGUACAAGAGCCCCUCGUACAUGUUUAGUCUUAGCGAAUGCAAUACUCCUACAAAUCUCUGUAGAAAGAUCAUGGCACAUAUAUCCCCACAUAAUAAAGCGGUUACUGCAAGGAAAUAACCCAAAACACUGCUGCAAGAAAUAGCAUAGCUCUUUCCUGCAUUGUUCACCAUUUUUUUUAGCUUUUAAAACUAAAAUCUAGGGUGUGAACCUCUCAUGAAUGAGAGGUGCAGGGUAUAUGCCCUGCCAAAUAUUAAACAAAAACCCUGAUACAGCAGCAAAAUUGACUGGAGCUCAGAAAGCUCCAUUAAAAUCAGUGACACCCUCACCUCCCCCAAACUUCACUAGUGGUUCUUGCUCUUUAGAAAUUAAAACGCUAGAUUAUGGUGCUUCCUCAUUUGCACAAUGGGGGAAUGUUGUGUGGCACUAAAGCAGGUUUUAGAAUUAGGCACUAAAUUUCUUUGAAAGCCACUGAGAUUUGCAUCCCAGACUUAAAAGCAUUGCCUUGGUUCAAACCCAUUUAAUAUGAAUAUAGUUUGUGCAGGCUAAACAGUAUGGAUUGUAAGUUUGGAUACUUUGGUAUUGAACUUGCUUUUGUCUUAAUUCUGUAAUAAAAUGUGUUAAAAUAAUAGGAAUAAUCAUGCAUUGAAUUAUAGGAAAUUGUUUGCACUUUUUUCAGAUACAAAAUCAAAUUUAAAAAUUCCAGCAUACCAAAUUUAGCUUCCUCUGCUAUAGGUUAAAACUGUAUUAGAGUUUUGGAACCUAAUUUCAGUGCCAGUCCUGGAGCAUGAAUACUGCAUUGUAUAAUAACAAUCUGGAAGAGUGUAUUUGAGCAUCUGCCUGGAUUGUUGAUGCAGGUGUAUGACUCUCGCUGACGGUGUGAGGGCUCUGAGGUUCAUCUCGGUGAUUUGCCUUGGUCACAAACAGAAGGCGGCCUGUCCUUUACCCUGUGUUCUUUAUCUGUACACAUGUGUACACAUAUACACCGUUUUAUGGAAGUGCCAGGUGCAGUGCCUGAGCACAUGCUUUGCAUGCAAAAGGUCCCAGGCUGAGUCUCUGGCAUCCCCAAGCAGGGCUGGGAAAGAAUCCCAUGUAAAAACAUGAAAAACUGCUGCCAGACAGUUCUGAGCCAGAUGGACCAAUGAUCUGAUUCAGCAUAAGGCAUGUUCUUGUGCAGAGCGCUUUUUCCGCACUACUAAUUACUUAAGCAAAACCGUUUGUAGUUGGAAUUAGAGAAGGGGAAGUUUUUUGGCCAGAGGCUUGGGGUGCUCUCUGUAAUAACAACAAAUUAACAUUUUUAAAGCUGGUUUUCAAUAAAUAUAUAUUUUAAAUAAAUAAAUAACCUCAAUCAAGUUUUAAUUCCAGACCAGGUAUUAGCAACAGAGCUUAUAAGAAGGGUUCUAGAAUGAAAACCCCUUGAUUUACAGUCUGAUAAAUGGUGCAAAUGAUAAAGAAGUAUGGGAUUUAUCACUUUUUAAAAAGACUGCUGAUGAUAAAGAUAAAAGACAGAAAAUGUUUUCAUUUCCAUGUCAUCUAUACCAUUUAUAUUCACACUGAUCUUUUUUGGGGGGGAUUUGUAAUUUUAGGGAAAUUGGAGGAUCCCAUAAUUCUGAGUUGUUGUAAGAAAUAUUCAGUGCACAGCUCAUUUCCCCCAGAGUAUUAGAUUUUAUCUCAUAGCAUUUGUGCUAGCUAUACAGUUCACAAGAUUUCAUCCAAACCUUUGAUUCCAUCCAAUUCUUCAUUAGUACAUCAGUUGGUUUUAUAUAUACUAUUACAUAUUAUAGAGCAAACAUUGGAGAAAGGAGUUGGUAAAAUGCAACUUUUUUUUAGUAUUUUUAGUGGAACUGACACUAUGAUUUCACCAAUAUUUUUGAGCAACUAUUUUAAGUUAGCAUUAUUCCACAUUAGAGUGGUUAUUGUCAUGCUGCACCUGCGAUGUCCAGCCUCCCAACGCAGCUGUGUACUGAACAAAACUUUAGACUAGUCUCAUGCAAGUUUCUAGACUGGUCUGCUGUUUGGAAAGGUUUACUGCAUUCCUGUUACAAUUCCAAUCAGGAAUGGUUUAAUUUGACACUAUGUUCCUCACCCUCCUCCACCCACGCCAUGUAGUUUGGGUGAAUAACUGUAUUCUCUAGAGAAUCCAAACAUAGCAUCUUAAAUAAGCACAGGCUUCGCAUAAAGUGUUUCCUUGGUGUUCCCAGGAUCUAUUUCACACCAUUGCUAACUCAUUUAAACGGUUGUUCCGCUACGCUGGUGCUCUAGAGGCACCCCGUUUUAAAAUUAUGCAUACUUCUUUGGCUAAACACAAUUAUGCUUAUUUUCAUUUUGGAAAAAAAACGGUUAACUUGAGCUGCCAUAUCUUACUUGCCAUAAAGUAAAUGGCAGAGGCAAUUAUUAGCAUCGUUUCACUUGAAGCCAAUAGUGUAGAUAUGCAGAUAACUUUAGUGAAUAAUUUUAUAAGUGGUAAUCCGUUAGGUUACCACUUACAUUUAGCACUACAUUUGAAUAGGAAUGAUGUGUCAACAGGUCAACUGUAUGCAAAUUUGUAUUCAAAAACACUGUAAAAAUUUCUGUAUUGUAAAAAUAAAUAAAUGUCCUUAUGGAAUACUUGUAGCCUAAUUGGAGCAUAACUAGGAGCUAGACUCCCUAUGUUUUAUUCCCAGUUUUGCAAAACACCUGCUAUGCACCACUAGUAAAAGCUUGUUGAACUUUUGCAUGUGUGCAAAAAUACCUUUUGGACAACAGUCUGUAAAGGUUUUUUUAGUCAAAUUUUGAACGUUUGUUUUUAUCUGCUCUUAAUGCUGUAUAUCGGAUUUCUUGUCUGAAGAGUAGAAAUAAUAACACCUACCUCAUAUGAAAGGGGUUAGUAUAAUUCAGACUGCUAUAUUGCAGAAAUUCCUUUCAAUAAACUAAUCAAGCAAUACUUGUUUGGUGAUGCAUGUCCUUUAAUGCUUAUUGGGACAAAGUCUGUCUUCCACUGGUUAAAGUGGAAUGAGAGAGAAACAUGGUUACUAAAAAUGAAUGCUGCAAUUGGUAUCAAGUUUUUAGGCAGUGUUCAUGUUUUGGAGGUGCCUCACGCACUUUGUAACUGAUUUUUCUACUUUAUUUGGGCCGCCACUGAGAGGCAGUAUUGUGCAGAAGGCACAGAGCUGAGCCGAGUAUCAGGUUCAUUGGUAAGAGUGGUUUUUUGUAAAAUUGGACAAAACUGUCUGGAUUUAACACAAAAGCUCUCCCAAGAUCACUCCAAGAGCAUCUUGCGUUUAGCUUAAAAUAUAUAGCCUUAAAAGACCAAAAAGUUCAUCCACAAUGCCAAAAUAACUCUUGGGUCUAAGAAUAUCUUUGAGUAUCACAGUAUGUGAAGUCUAUGCAAAAAUAUUUUUUAAUGAAGGUCACAGAGACUAUAAACACUAAAUAAUUUGGAGAAAUGCUUGUAAUUAAUGUUUAUUCAUGUAUUUUAACAUGCUUUGUUGUUAUGUGUUAAGGUUUGCAGGAACUAAGAUGUACAAAAAAAAGUGUGAAACUUGUUUGACACAGUUGUCCGAGGAUUACUUGUGCUGGGCAAGGCUUUGCCUUAGCUAUUUUCCUUUGUAUUUCCUUUUUUGCAAUUAAAAAUAUUUUUAAAAAUA